AAGCAUGACAUAGUCCAUGUGAAAUCCAAAAACGAUUUCACAAUCACUGAGAGAUUAAUUGGUCUUCGUUUACUGUUUUAUUUUCAUUCUAGAAUUAUGGCUAUCCGCGCACAGUUCGAAGGAAACAAUGAAGUUGGAGUUUUUUCAAAACUCACAAAUAAUUAUUGUCUAGUUGCUAUAGGAGGUUCAGAGAAUUUUUACAGUGUGUUUGAAGGAGAAUUGUCUGAAGCUAUUCCAGUUGUCCAUGCUAGUUUAGCAGGAUGCAGAAUAAUUGGAAGAAUGUGUGUUGGAAACAGACAUGGUUUGUUGGUUCCAAAUACAACCACAGAUCAAGAACUUCAACACAUACGUAAUUCUCUCCCGGACAGUGUUGCUGUCCAACGAGUUGAGGAAAGGUUAUCUGCCCUUGGGAAUGUCAUCGCAUGUAAUGACUAUGUUGCACUUGUGCAUCCAGACCUCGACAGAGAAACAGAAGAAAUUAUUGCAGACACAUUGAAAACAGAAGUAUUCCGACAGACAGUGGCAGAGAAUGUCCUGGUGGGGAGUUACUGUGCUAUCAGUAACCAGGGAGGCCUGGUUCAUCCUAAAACAACUGUUGAAGAUCAGGAUGAAUUAUCAUCUCUUUUACAAGUUCCACUUGUGGCAGGCACAGUAAACAGAGGCAGUGAUGUCAUAGGGGCUGGAUUGGUUGUCAAUGACUGGAUUGCUUUCUGUGGACUAGACACAACAAGUACAGAACUUUCUGUGGUAGAAAGUGUAUUUAAACUAGGUGACAGACAACCUAGCAACAUCACAACAGAAAUGAGGGAAAGCUUGAUUGAUAGUAUGACGUAAAACAACAGUUCUCAGCACAGAUUGACUUGACACAGAGAGACAAUUGGCCACGACAUAAUUGGCUGUGAAACAGUUGAUCUGAAAUUGUAUCAUUCAAGACAUUUCCUCUUUGUAUAUAGUGAAGGAAGACUGAUACUGAUAGUAAAAACACAGUGUCAACCAGGAAACACAAGAAUCGACUUCAUGAGAACUACUGUAAUUUUUUUUUGAAGAAUAGAAAUUGUUGUCAAUGAGGUACUGGAAAAUGUCAUGCAGAUAAACAGAAUGUAAAGAUGAUUUCCUAUUUGCGGGUACUGUUAUAACAAGUAUAAACGGUGCCAAAACAUUGAAUCCAAUACAUUAAAAGGAAUGAACACAUCUGUAUAUAACUGGUAUAUUCUGGUUGUCCUUGUCAUCAGAUGUAUCAUGAGUCAAAUCAGGAUCAAAAACAAAAUAAAGAAAAAGUAUUGAAA